GCAGAGUCAGACUUUAAAGGAGGCGGAGCUCUGUCUUUCGCCCUCAAGAAAGACAGUGGGAUCGGCGAGUGGCGACAACAGCAAUCGGGCCUGAGCCCUGCUAGGGCUUUAGGCUCCAGGUUUUUAUCCUAGCAAAUCGGCCCCCAAAACAGAGAAGACAAGAUGGCUUCUGAAUCAGAAACUUUGAACCCCAGCGCUCGGAUCAUGACCUUUUACCCCACCAUGGAAGAGUUCCGGAACUUCAGCCGCUACAUUGCCUACAUCGAAUCCCAAGGAGCUCAUCGGGCUGGGCUGGCCAAGGUCGUUCCUCCCAAAGAGUGGAAGCCUCGAACAUCCUACGAUGAUAUUGAUGAUCUAGUCAUUCCUGCGCCCAUCCAGCAGCUGGUGACUGGCCAGUCCGGCCUCUUCACUCAGUACAACAUACAGAAGAAAGCCAUGACUGUUCGUGAGUUCCGCAAGAUCGCCAAUAGCGACAAGUACUGCACCCCGCGAUAUAGUGAAUUUGAAGAACUUGAGCGUAAAUACUGGAAAAACCUCACAUUCAAUCCUCCCAUUUAUGGAGCAGAUGUGAAUGGUACUCUCUAUGAACAGCAUGUUGAUGAGUGGAAUAUCGGCCGGCUGAAGACCAUCCUGGACCUGGUGGAGAAGGAGAGCGGGAUCACCAUUGAGGGGGUGAAUACCCCCUACCUUUACUUCGGCAUGUGGAAGACGUCCUUUGCCUGGCACACGGAAGACAUGGAUCUAUACAGCAUCAACUAUCUGCACUUCGGAGAGCCAAAGUCUUGGUACUCUGUUCCACCUGAGCAUGGGAAACGCCUGGAGCGUCUUGCCAAAGGCUUUUUCCCAGGAAGUGCUCAAAGCUGUGAGGCUUUUCUCCGCCACAAGAUGACCCUGAUCUCCCCAUUAAUGCUGAAGAAGUAUGGCAUUCCCUUUGACAAGGUGACUCAAGAGGCUGGCGAGUUUAUGAUCACUUUUCCGUAUGGUUACCACGCUGGCUUCAACCAUGGCUUCAACUGUGCAGAGUCUACCAACUUUGCUACCCGCCGGUGGAUUGAGUAUGGCAAGCAGGCUGUGCUGUGCUCCUGCAGAAAAGAUAUGGUGAAGAUCUCCAUGGAUGUGUUCGUGAGGAGGUUCCAGCCGGAACGCUACAAACUUUGGAAAGCCGGGAAGGACAGCACGGUUAUUGACCACACUCUGCCCACACCGGAAGCAGCCGAGUUCCUGAAGGACAGUGGCGGACUAACCCCGAGAGCAGGGAGUGAGGAGUGCCCAGAGGAGGACGCGGAAGCAGCGGAGCAGGGAGAGGAGGGGGAUGUGAAGAGAAGCCUGGCCAAGCAUCGGAUAGGGACAAAGAGACACAGAGUCUGUCUGGAAAUACCACAGGAGGUCAGUCAGAGCGAGCUCUUCCCCAAGGAAGAGCUGAGUUCUGGACAGUAUGAGAUGACAGAGUGCCCGGCCACCCUCGCCCCAGUGAGGCCCACCCACAGCUCCGUGCGGCAAGUUGAGGACAGUCUUCCCUUCCCAGAUUACUCUGACCCCACUGAAGUCAAAUUUGAAGAGCUGAAGAAUGUCAAACUAGAGGAGGAAGAUGAGGAGGAUGAGCCCGAAGCAGCCGCACUGGACCUUUCUGUGAAUCCUGCGUCCGUAGGAGGACGCCUCGUCUUCUCCGGUUCCAAAAAGAAAUCGUCUUCCAGCCUGGGCUCCACUUCGUCUCAGGAUUCAGUUUCUUCAGAUUCUGAAACCGCCGAGUCUGUCUCUUGCCAGGGCCAAGAGAAAACGGGAGUUCUCACCGUGCACAGCUAUGCCAGAGGGGACGGCAAGGCUACCACAGGAGAGCCGAGUGUGAAGAAGAAGCGCAGUGCUCCCCGCAGCAUCAGCGAGCAGGAGCUGGCAGAGGUUGCAGAUGAGUACAUGCUCUCCCUGGAGGAGAAUAAGAAGACCAAGGGUCGCCGCCAGCCCUUGAGUAAGCUCCCACGCCACCACCCACUCGUGCUGCAGGAGUGCGGCAGUGAUGACGAGACUUCUGAGCAGCUGACCCCCGAGGAAGAGGCUGAGGAGACAGAGGCGUGGGCCAAGCCUCUGAGCCAGCUGUGGCAGAACCGACCCCCGAACUUUGAGGCUGAAAAGGAAUUCAAUGAGCUCAUGGCCCAACAGGCCCCUCACUGUGCUGUGUGUAUGAUCUUCCAGACCUACCAUCAGGUGGAAUUUGGAGCAUUCAGUCAGAGCUGUGGGGAUGCUUCAGAGCCAGCUGCCCAGACUCAGAGGACCAAGCCGCUGAUCCCUGAAAUGUGCUUCACCACAACUGGCUGCAGCACAGACAUCAAUCUGUCCACCCCGUACCUAGAGGAGGACGGCACCAGCAUGCUAGUGUCCUGCAAGAAGUGCAGUGUCCGGGUCCACGCCAGUUGCUAUGGCGUCCCUCCUGCCAAGGCUUCUGAAGAAUGGAUGUGCUCUCGAUGUUCAGCCAAUGCCCUGGAGGAAGACUGCUGUUUAUGCUCGUUGCGUGGAGGGGCCCUGCAGAGAGCAAAUGACGACAGAUGGGUUCAUGUUUCAUGUGCAGUGGCAAUUCUAGAAGCAAGGUUUGUCAACAUUGCUGAAAGAAGUCCAGUGGAUGUGAGCAAGAUCCCUCUGCCCCGCUUCAAACUGAAGUGUGUUUUUUGUAAGAAGCGGAGAAAACGGAAUGCUGGCUGCUGUGUGCAGUGCUCCCAUGGCCGCUGCCCCACUGCCUUCCACGUGAGCUGUGCUCAGGCUGCUGGGGUGAUGAUGCAACCCGACGACUGGCCCUUUGUUGUCUUCAUCACGUGCUUCCGCCACAAGAUUCCCAAUCUGGAGCGUGCUAAGGGAGCCUUGCUGAGCAUCACGGCGGGCCAGAAGGUUAUCAGCAAACACAAGAACGGGCGCUUCUACCAGUGUGAAGUGGUCAGACUCACCACCGAGACCUUCUACGAAGUCAACUUUGACGAUGGCUCCUUCAGUGACAACCUUUAUCCUGAGGACAUAGUGAGUCAGGACUGUCUCCAACUGGGGCCUCCUGCUGAAGGUGAAGUGGUUCAAGUCAGAUGGACAGAUGGCCAAGUCUAUGGGGCUAAGUUUGUGGCCUCCCACCCCAUCCAGAUGUACCAGGUGGAGUUUGAGGAUGGCUCGCAGUUGGUGGUUAAGAGAGAUGAUGUAUACACCCUCGAUGAAGAGCUUCCCAAGAGAGUCAAGUCUAGACUGUCGGUGGCUUCAGACAUGCGCUUCAAUGAGAUUUUCACAGAGAAGGAAGUGAAGCAAGAAAAGAAGAGACAACGGGUCAUCAACUCGCGGUACCGGGAAGAUUACAUCGAGCCAGCGCUGUACCGGGCCAUCAUGGAGUAGAUGCUUCCAGAAUCUGAGAGGUUCCCAGCCAUCAAGGCGAGAGCACUCGAGGGUUCCACAGCACAGCAGACGCUUGGAACUCGAACUUGGGACUUCACUCCGAAAGUGAAGCUGUA